UUUUUUUUGUUUUUUUUGUCUUGAUAUAUUUUUACAUUGUGUAUGGUAUAAUGUCUUUUUAGUUUGGUUUUGAGAUAUGAUGAGUGUUUGGAAGGGUUCUUGGAAAUUUUGGCCCUAUUAGUUUUAUUUCCAUGUAGUGUUGCAUGGGAGCGAACAUUGAGUAUCGUAUGGAUGUGAAUGUUACCAUGAAUGUGCGGUCAUACAAAAUUAGAUUAGAUAAGAUAAGAAGUGAUUAUAUUUCCCUCACAAGAUGCAAGUAACUCAUAUAGAGGAUAGAAUGGGGGAUUGUUGCUCGCGAUUGCUUAGAAAAUGACGUGGCAUUCAUAUUGCUGACCCCAACUAGCCGGAGAUUGAGGCAUAUAGUUGUUGUAGUAAUUUGUUCUACCCAUCAGAACGUGUCGAUCACCGUUGCUUUGGUUGAAUAACAACUUAAAUUUAACUAGCCACACAUGUAUACACCAAAAGAAACGUUUAAGGAAAUACUGAUUUCCGCUGGCCUUAGAGGGAGCGAACGAUCUUCAAGUUCUAAGGAAGAACAACAGUCUACUAAACAGAAGGGCAAAAUUCUCCAUCCUCCCAUUGAAACUUUUUGGCAGUUACCUCCAACAAAAGAUCAGCAUAAGAAGUUUACCAAAUCAAGAACUGUGAAAAUCAUGUCUUUGCCGUUUAAGAAGGGUGUACGAAAGAGCAAAAGUUUGCAAACAAUUCUUGUAGGAUCACAUGAUCCUAAAGACGAACAAAUUGUUGACUCAUUUCGUCAGUUGCUUUUUCUUGAAGGUCAGCUGCUAGAGAAAAACAGUGACUAUCACACACUUUUAAGAUUUCUUAGAAUGAGGGACUAUGAUCUUACAAAAGCAAAGAAUAUGUAUUUGAACUAUUUGAAGUGGCGCGAGGAAUUUAAUGUGGAUGAGCUUUCCAAGGAACUCAAUUUUGAGGAAUUCAAUGAGGUUAAAAAGUGUUAUCCUCAUGGUUUUCAUGGAGUAGAUAGAUAUGGUCGACCAAUUUACAUCGAAAGAAUUGGAAGGGUAAAUCUUGAUAGACUCUUUGAAGUAACUACGAUCGAGAGAUUUGUGAAAUAUCAUGUGACUGAACAAGAGAGAACAUUGAACUGGAGAUACCCUGCAUGUUCACUUGCUGCAAAGAAACAUAUAGCUUCCACCGUCAGCAUUUUGGAUGUAAAGGAUGUGGGAAUUUCAAAUUUUUCGAAGCCUGCAAGGUCUCUCUUUUUGGAAAUUCAGAAGAUUGACAGUCACUAUUAUCCCGAGACGUUGCAUCGCCUUUUUAUCAUUAAUGCUGGAUCUGGAUUUAAGGCCCUGUGGAAAGCAAUCAAGACAUUUCUUGAUCAACGCACCUUAGCAAAGAUUCAAGUGCUCGGGAGUAACUACACGAAGACCUUACUUGAAGUUAUUGAUCCAAGUAAUCUUCCAACUUUCCUUGGUGGUGACUGCACAUGUUCCGACUAUGGAGGUUGCCUCUUUAGCGACAAAGGACCGUGGAAUGACCCUUCAGUUACAACUAUACUUCAGGCAAUGCUUGAAGCCGAAGAGGAGAAUGAUGACGAUGAAGCAAAGAGUUCUGCUACAAAAGAUUCCUUUGGUGCUGUAACUCCGGAUAAUGUAUCCAUUAAGGAUGUCUAUGAUGCUACUCCAUCAAGAGAUGACAUUUUUGGACAGCCAUUUCUACAGAAAAUCCUCACACUUCAAACUGUUGUCAAUGACACAAAAUCAAAAAUCCAGGCAUUGGAAGCUGUUCUUAAGGACACGAAAUCGGUGAUAGAAGGACUUGGACAACCAAUGGAAGAGGUGAAAAAACAGAUAAUAGUAUCAAAGAUAAGAGCUUGAGUUACCAAAUGAAGAGUUCCAAUCUUUUUAUUCCUUUUUGUUUUUGAAAUUUCUUGGUGCUGUCAAUUGACUUUAAAUAAAACGAGUAAUUAUACUUAAUAAGGAAGUCUAUUUACAGACAAAAUUCAAAGUAAAA